AAAAAAAAAAAAAAAAAAAAAACUGGCUUUUACCAAGUCUUCUAAACAUUCAAGUACAAGCAACUGUUCAGAAAAAAGAUGUAAAAAAAGCCUCCAGUCAACUAUUUUAAGAUGCUAGAGGAAAACUCUGCCCAAGGAAUCCUAUAUUUCUCGGAACCUAAGGCUUGUCAUAAGAGGGGACAAAGAAGCAAGCUCAAAGUGAAGAAACUAACCAACACAAAACCCAAAAAGUUUCCUAGGAACCCAAUACCAACUUUAUUUAUACCAGCUUUCUCAUCAGAUAUUGAGCAUCACCAUCCAAAGAUAAUCCAGCCAAACAUCACCCUUUUCAAGCUUACCAUCCAUGGCAGAUCAAAGGCAGCCGUUCCGCUUUCGUCUCCCUUGGUUAUCAGCAGCAACUACUCCACGUCCUGCUGCUGGACCCCAGCCCCCUCGUCCUACAGUUCAACCCCAAAUCCCUUCUCAGCCAGCCACCAUUCCUCAGCGCCCACCAUUUCGACCACCCGGAAUAGCCCCAGCACAGCCCCCGCCUUCACAGUUCCAGGCACCGCCAAGGCCUGAACCUCAGACUGCACUGCCACGUCCUGCAGCCAUUGAAUCCCAAACCACAUCACUGCCAGUAUCACCUUCUCGAGCAACAACUCAAACCAGAACUGCCUCUGUCCCAGCAUCACCAACUCGUGCAACCAAUGAGUCUCGAGUCACUUCUCAACCACCAUCACCUGCUCGGGCAACAACUCAGACCCAGCCUCCCUCUCAAACCCAAUCGCCAUCACGUUCAACCCAACAAUCAAAGGUGGCAUCCACAACCCCUUCUCCAUCUCACAUGGCUUCCCAGCCCUCGCCGCCUAAGUUUCCAUCAAGCCUGCAGCUUCAGCGUGUUGACCGAGCAUUCUCACAACCCAUUUCUCCAUCUCGCACAACAACUCCAGGGGGACCAACACGAGCUGUUCCCCAACAACUCUCUCCAUCAAAGAAAUUAGAAUCCACAACACAAGAUAUCCCUCAGCCCCAACCCAUUUCCACUGAGCUGCCACCAUCUGCAUCUAAAGAGGAACCAAAGCCAAAAGAUCCUGAACCAAAAACCCCACCUGCAUCUGAACCUCCCUCAAAACACCAAAUCGACAGCCCAGUUGAAACCAUCUCACAACAAGGUGUCAAGGCAGCGCAGGCAACACAAGCACCAAGCCCGGGGUCAUUAAUUGCGCCAAAUUCUGGAGCAGCUCCACAACAGCAAGCAAUAGCCCCAACAAAAGCAGAGGAAAAGUUGAAAGACACUGAUGAGAGGAAAAAAGCUAGAGAAGAAAGCCAUGAGAAAAAGAAGACAAUAACAACCUCCCCCUUGGAUGGAAAAGUCAUCAAAACUGUUGAUACAACACAACCAAAGGACAAAAGUGCAUAUAGUAAAUCCCUUCAAAAGAAUAGUUUAUCCAAUGGGGAACAAGCUCCUCUGCAGAAGGAGAUCAAGGAAGACAUUUCUAAGUUCGUUCAAAAACUGACCACAGAGCAGUCAAAGCAGCCAAUGGAUGAAAAACCAAUUAGUGUCAUGACCCUUGCCGGUGAAAACAAAGGAGCAUCCAUGCAUUUAGGCUCACAGGCAAAAAAAAGGGGUGGUUCACUCCACAUUCACCGGGGUUAUAAAACCAACCCAGAAGAUAGCCCUGAUGCUACCACCGAUGGGGAAGGAAGAGGAAGAUCCAAGGGGAAGCAUAAAGAUCCAAAGACAAAAGAAGAGAUGGCAACAAAGGCGUAUGUAAACAGCAAUACACAGGGCGUCAAUAACUCAAUUAUGUUUGGCAGUAGUGUCAAUGAAAGAAAUCCUGGUGUGCAGCUGGCUUUCUCUCAUAACUUUGCAGAACCCUCCAGGUACAGUAGCAAACCAGAGCCUCUUGAGACAAGCAAGGCUGAAUUUAACAUCACCCCAGCAGAGAAACUUACUUAUGCUCCCACAGUAAGGAGACGAUGCCUCAGGGGUCUUUUCAUGGAAUCAAGUGACUCAGAACCAGAUAACCCGGACAAGCCUAGACGCCAUGGUUGCCGAUAUAACUGCAGUGCAAAGAAAAAGGAUGAAGAGAUUGCAAUCCUCUGAGUAUGAGGAUCACAAGAAGGAUGCCAUUUCAUCCAAAACACAUGUUCGAUUGCAUAUGGCUUUUGCAUCAUGUUACAUAAGCUGUUCUCAAGCAGUGUAAUCUUGAAUUAUAUAUCAAGAUUCAGUUCAUAAGAUUUAUAAUAUACAACUACAAGCAUCUUUGAUUAA